GGUUAUCGAUUUUUUUUUUUAGAAAUGGAAGAAAGUUCACGAAAAAGAAGUUCAGAAGCUAUAGAAGAAAUAGAAGAUAGUUCUGGGUCAGAAGAAGAAGAAGAAAUUAUAGCAACCAACAGUUCUAAUACACCAAGUUUAACUAAAAAUAAAAGAGCUAGACAGUUUUCUGAAAUAUGGGAUUAUUUUAUUAAAGGCACAGAAAAAAGUCACAGUCAUUAUGAGGCUACCUGCUAUUAUUGUAUUCCCAAAAAAUCUUGGGCUAGAGGAAAACCAGCAAAACUAGAAGCACAUUUAGCAAAUGAGUGCCCAAAUUGUCCUGAAAUAUAA